GGAUACACUUAAGUGAGAAGGAAAAAGGAAAAGUAUCCCGAAUGCCACCAAUGCCUCUUACCUAUAAAAGAACAGUAUGGCAGCAUACCCGUGUGGCCCCAAGGGCCAGAGGUAACAAAUUAUGGGCAAAAAGAAUUGCAACCAAAUGUUGGACAAGGAAAGGUCUGCAAUCAGCUGUGUCCUCCAGCUCUCUGCUGUUUGCUUCUAACGGGCAGAAUUCAUUUUGGGAAGUGUCAGGCACCGAAAAGAAGACCCUUGCGGCUGGAAGUUGACCAGAAGUACAUCCACAAGUGUAAUAAUGCAAGGUCAAGGCUUGUCCCAGAAACAAUGCCUAUGAUGAAGGAGAGAAGAGAGAUCUAAGUCCAAUCUGGCCCAGGCCAGCCCGGUCCAAGAAAGCCAGAAUCCAAGGAGAAGAAACUGAAAGAGAAGAGCCUGUACCACAUCAUUCCCUACAAGGUGCACUCAACAAACUUCAGCCUAUUCUUUAAUUAAGUUACCAAAAGAGCUUUUUUAAUCCCUUCCUUUGCACCUUAAAAGCUGCAGUAAGUUCACUAAUCAGAUCAACUAAUAUUAUUUGAGAACACCUGUAAUUGUUCAACCUAGAUGUGCCUUUCCUUUAUCUCUAAGGAUGUUAAUUAACUGGAUAAUUAUAAAUGUAGAAUACACAAAAUAAAAUAUGAUAUAUAGAAUAUAAAUAACUAUUUGCUGAUUAUAUUAAUGAACAUCUCUAAGAAAUGUUGAGAUGAUUUCCUGAACAUAAGAGCCUGGGGAAAGUGGGGCUAUCACAUCUGUCUUACAGGGUUAGGUACCACUUAGGUGUUGUCUUAGCUCUCCUACCACCCCUUCUACCCAAUCCCGUCUUGCUAUUGGGAAUCUGACCUCCCCAUUGGCUCCCUCAUACCUUUAAACUGCCUACUUUGUGACAUCAUUCUCCCACCAAACCUACCACCACCUGGUAGAAUCUUGGGGUUUCCAUGGAGUUAUCUGUAAAUAAAUUUGGAUCAUCGCAAGUGACCAGUGACCAGUGACCAGUGACCAGUGACCAGUUACCUUCGUACUGGACACAUGCGCUCUUUGGCUUCAGCCGCUCCGACAUCCUCCAGGAUCGGCUCCUCAUCCCUUGUUUCGGCAGUGGAUGUUUCUUCUUCUCUGACCAUGUCUGAAAAUUUCCCAAAUUCAUCUUUACUGGGACCUCCAAACUCUCUGCAGCUCUCCCUCCCUGUGGUAACCAAUGCAGCUUCCCUAACAGGAAACGUCUGCAACUUCUCCCGGGUCUCCGCUCCGGCGGUCAGUUCGGUCAGUUCGGCGUGGCUGCUGCCAUCAGUUUCUGGCGCCUCCUUCCAGCCACUCAUGGGGAGUGCCUACCUUUACCAACAUUCCAGCACAACUAUGUUGUCUGGGGUUACUGGCCAGAGCCAGCUUUCCACGGCAGCUGCUUCCUAUCCCGGGGUUUUCGAGUGGGAUGUCACAGGAAGUACCAAAAAGAAGUCCUCUUCACUCGGAGACUUCACCGUCACUGUCAUUGACCAGGACGCAGCUGUGUCUUCUAUGUCUCUGGCAGCCCCGUAUGAUAAAACUUCAGAGGCCAGUAGCAUGGUCUCUCUGUACCCAUCGCUUUCUGCCAGCCUUGUUCAGGGGACACCAUCUCAGAUGCCAAAUCAAGAACAUGGCCUAGCACUUCCCUACCAGGAAGGAAGGCAGGUAUAUUACUAUAAUCAAGGCACACUGGGGCCUCUACUGUCUGGAGAAUUUGGCCCCUGCUUGCAGUCCUAUGGCUCAGUGUCCUAUGCGGGGAGUAGGGCCUCUGUCCCUCAGCCAGAAAUGGUAAUGGUCCUCAAGGAGGUUCAGCCCGCAAACGUCCUACCACCAGCUUCCACCUCUGGAAUUUACUACUCUGUGUCUGCUCAGCCCAUCACAGAAACAAGUUUUCAAGUGAUGGAGACUUCCCUGGGAUUACAACCUCCGAGUCAGACAUAUUGUCUGCCACAAACUCCAGAAUUCCCCAAGUCCUGCAGUAGCAGAAAUAUCCAGAUCCUUGAAAGUAACCCACCACCUGAGCUCGGAGACAUCUCAAUGAUAGCUCCAGUCCAGAAUUCUAAUAAUGUCCUGGCAUUGCCUCCAGCUCCAAGCCAGGAACAAACAGAGAAUAAGAAUUUGGAUGAUAUUAAAACCAAGCUUUCAAAGCCUCUGGAUGUCUACCAGAUCCCAAUAGAAAACCAAGAGCCUCCCCUACUUCCUUUAGAAAUUCCUGAUAUUCACCAGCUCCUGGCCUGCAUCGAUCCCCUGGGCCAGGAGGAGAAGCCUAUUUCUGAAAACACCGAUCUGGGAAAAAAUACCCUGGGUCUUGAAGACCAAGUGACCCUUGAAAAUGGGAUUGAAUCUAGUAGUGGUUUUGCAGACAUCGCUACACUGGUGGAGGACAUUCAUCUUCCCCAGCUCUUUAAUUCCUUGAAAGACCUUGAUGAAGCCAAAGGUCCCAAGGUGAUGAAAGCCAAAGAUACCAGAGUCAGCAAGUCAAAACAGGGGCAAGAGAAGUCAAAUGUCGUAAAGGCUCCCUCUGAUCAUGUCAGGAAGAACAAACACAAAGCCACUGAGCCGAUCAGUGGUGCUCCCAAGACCAAAAUCCAGGCGAAGAACCCAGAGUGCCUGUUAGGGGAAGACGUGAUUAUUUGCAGUGUUGCAGACGGUGACAGGGCUCCUGUGAACAGGGCCAAGCAUUCCAACAGCAAGUCUCAGAAAGCGGCAUCCAGCAGGACCAGCAAAACGAAGAGCCAUGGACAGGAAAAGACCAAAAGGACAAGAGAAAACAAUCCCAAGAAAGCAGAAGAGAGUAAGCAGUCUGGAAACAAAGUCAAGGCAGAAGAGAAGCCAACCAUUCCCAAGGGGAAGCGGAAGAAAAAUCAACCCGAGCUUAGCCAAGAGAGCUUUAAGAAGCCUCGAAGUUGCCUAGGCAUGCACAUGUUGGAGUCUGUGCAGGUUUUUCAUGCCCUGGGGAAGAAGAGUGAUAAGAAAACUGGGCUAUCUUCCUCCCGGGCCCUGGUAAGCUCUGGCAACUCGAAAAAUGCCCAGCGACCCCCAGCUAUCAAACCAUGGCUUGAUACACCACGUGAGGGCAAAGGUCCUGAGAAAAAACAAGUCAAAGUCCAGAAACCAGACAGAGGUGCUGACAAAGAGUGUCCAUCUCCAUCCCAGUAUGAGCUCCCACCUCCUGGGAAGGUCAAGUUGGUGCCUUUGCCUUUUCCAACCUACGAGAAGCCUCAAGCUCGACCUGUUCCUCGGAGGCCACAGUCUCUGGCCUCACAUCGGUCCACCAUGGCUUACCCUGCCCGGCCUGGUUCUACUAGCUCAGCUCGGCCUGUUGCAGUCAAUUCAUCCCGGCCGACUCCUGCCUCCUUGACAGGUCCUGCCAGACCAGCUCGGCCAAUUUCGACUAAUCCCACCCGCCCAGGCUUGACCAACCUGACCCGGCCUAGUGUCCUGCAGUCUGCUGCCUCGAGGCCUGCACCCUACAAAACAUCAUCUUGCACUUCUCUCCAGCGGGAGCCUGUCCCCAUCGCUGUGACCAAGCCCCAGUCGCCACCCAAAGCUCAAAGCCAAUUUCUACUCCAAGACUUCUGCUUUCAACCAAUUCCGUGGAGGAAACCCAAUGUUCCUGAGCCAGUCAUGUCAAAGCCCAUCACAAAAGAGCAGAGGCCAGAGAGGGAGGCCAUGAAGAGGCAGGCUCAGCAAGAGCGUGAGAAUGCUGCCAAAUACACCUCUUUGGGGAAAGUGCAAUAUUUCAUCGAGAGGGAAAAGGAUAUGGAUAUUGCUCGAUACUAUGGCUAUGCAAUAUAAGAGAUGCUAAGAUUGUUUGUACCACUCUGGGUACCCGCUGUUCAUGCAUAUAUAGAUAGAUAGGUAUAAGUUUCUCUAUUUAUUUGCAUAUAUUUUAAGACUUAAUAAAACAUCAUAAAUAGAAUUAGUAGAUUAGAAAUAAAGAAUCCUCUUGA